AUGGAAGAUGAGUUGAAUAAUAUGUUACUACUUUUAACAGAUGAGCAACGUAAUGUUUUUGAUCAGAUUAUGGAAUCUGUUAGAACAAACAAAGGUGGUGUCUUUUUUGUUUACGGAUAUGGUGGCACCGGUAAGACCUUUCUUUGGAAGACAUUGUCGGCAGCAAUUCGAAGUAAGUCUGAAAUUGUUUUAAAUGUUGCUUCAAGCGGUAUAGCUUCUUUGCUACUUUCUGGAGGUCGAACAGCCCAUUCUCGAUUUUCCAUCCCUCUGAAUCUAAAUGAGGAUUCUCUUUGCCGCAUGAAUCCUGGAUCUGAACUUGCGUGUCUUUUAAAAAAAACACAACUUAUUAUAUGGGAUGAGGCUCCUAUGAUUCAUAAACAUGCCUUUGAAGCAUUGGAUAGAACCUUAAAAGAUAUAUUGAUGCCUGAUUGUUCAAAUAGCGAAGCUUUACCAUUUGGAGGAAAGGUAAUUGUAUUUGGUGGUGACUUUAGACAGAUUCUUCCUGUUGUUCCUAAUGGCUCUAGACAGGAUAUCGUGAAUGCUUCCCUGAGUUCGUCAUAUAUAUGGAAUAAAUGCAAGUUACUAAGGCUAACAAAAAACAUGAGGCUUACUGUUGGCAUGAAUCAUGGUGAUAUUGACAAGACAAAAGAGUUUGCUAAAUGGCUUUUGGAUAUUGGCGAGGGAAAACUUGGUGGUCGCAACGACGGAGAAGCUCUUAUUGAUAUACCUCAAGAACUGUUGAUUACUGAGUCCACUAACCCUAUUGGUAAUCUGAUCAACUUUGUGUAUCCGUCGAUACUUGAAUCGUUCAAUGAUCCAAAUUAUUUUCAGGAAAGAGCCAUACUUGCUCCUAAGAACGACGUUGUUCACGAGAUAAAUGAUACCUUAUUAGCAAUGUUUCCUGGUGAUCAUAAAGAGUAUCUAAGUUCAGAUUCCAUCUGCCAAUCUGAGAAUGUAACUGACCAUAUUCGACACAAUGUUUACCCCCCCGAUGUUCUAAAUGGUCUUAAGGUUUCAGGAAUGCCGAAUCAUAAAUUGGUUUUAAAAGUUGGUGUUCCUAUCAUGCUGUUACGUAACCUUGAUCAGAAAAACGGUCUGUGCAAUGGUACAAGAUUACAAGUCGUAAAACUUGGUGAUCGGAUUAUUGAAGCCAAAGUGAUUUCUGGUAAUAAUAUUGGUACUAGAACUUUUAUACCAAGGAUCAAUCUUUCCCCCUCUGACAAACGAAUACCUUUCAAGCUUCAAAGAAGGCAAUUCCCGAUAGCUGUGUGUUUUGCAAUGACGAUAAAUAAAAGUCAGGGACAGUCGUUAUCUAAGGUUGGUUUGUUUCUAAAGCAGCCUGUUUUCACUCACGGACAACUAUAUGUUGCAGUUUCAAGAGUCAAAAGCAUGGAUGGUUUAAGGAUGUUAAUAUUAGAUGUUGAGGGAAACGUUACUAAUAAGACUACAAAUGUUGUAUACAAAGAGAUAUUCUCAAAUUUAUAG